AUUUUUUUUAAUGAACUCCUUGUCGAAGCGUAUUAGAAAGAUAAAGAAAACCCCUAAAGUGACCACAUUUGAAGACUCCGAUGAUCCACAAUAAUUCACAGCUUGCAUUGCAAAUCUCAAUUAAAUUGUGGCUGAAGAUCAAUGUUACUCUAGUUUCACUAUUUUCUAGUCAAAUAAAUCGUAACCAAGGAGUUAUUGGUGAGAUUGUUGGAAUAUUUACGACACAACAAUCCUUAAGUUGCCAUCAACGCUCUUAAUGCUAUCUAAAAUGUAUUGCGAAUCAGUGAUAAUUUUGGUUCUGAAGUUAGAGAUCAGCUUAAAGACUUAGGUUUAUUAGGCAUAUUAUUAUUAUUUCCUGUUUAAGAAAACACUUUAUCCGGUUUCUUAAGCCUUGCCAUUGAAAUUUUUGAAACUUGGGAUAUAGCAUUAUUAAUGCCACUUUAUUAAAGAAUAUUACCAAUUUUAGAUAAUUGUUUAUAAAAAGUUUAUAAUGAAGAUAUCAUUUCAGAAGCAUUAAAUUUACUACAGGUUCUAACAGAAAUCCCUUAAUUUAACUUAAAGAAGAUAGAUCUCGAGUAAAUUUUUUAAAAUGAUUUAAUUAAGUAAUUACACUUUGCCAAUCAAAUGAAAUUAAAGGCAUUAACACUUUAAACAUACUUAAAUAUUGAUAGAUUGGAUAAUGAAAUGUUUUAAUUAAUUAAUGAAGUCAUCAGGAUAAACAUUUUCUAGGAGUUAAAUAAUAUUGAAUCAUUUCUUUAGAAAUAAGUGACCAUGGAAGAAGAGUCUGAAUUUAAAUAGGAUGAAAGAUUACUUAACACACUUUAAAUUUGGAAAUGCUCAGCUCAAUCAAUUAUUUAAGUAUUGGUUUAUUUAAAUCGAAUUUAUGAGGAAGAUAAUGAUGAUUAAUAUGUGAAUAAUAAGAAAUUCUAGUAGUUUUUCCAAAAAAAUAUUAUAGUUGAAUUAGAAGAGUUGGUAUUAAAGAAUUUCUUUAAUUUCUCUGGAGUCAUUCAGAAAAAACUAUUUACUGAUCAAACAACUUUCACAGAUGAAUUAUUGAGUCUAACUCUCUUAAUUUUCAAGUAAUUAUAUAAAAAAUAAAUUUUAGUUUAGGAAAUAAUUUAUUAACUAAUCUUUAACCUUUAGUAUGUUUAUAAACAGUAGAGCCAAUUUUACCAUAAUUAUAAGCAACACUUUAGAUCGAGAUUAUAUCAGAUGAGGAUAAAAAAGAGCUUGCAUAAUCAGAAUUUAUUUUGUUGAUUAAACUCUUAAAAGUAAAUCCAUAAUUAGUUUUACAAAUACCACCUUAAUUUAUAGUUUAAUUAUCGGAAUUAACAGAAACUACAGAUAUACUGUUUCAUAUAGUUGAAGUUAUGAAAAUCAGGUAUUCUAGCAAAGUAAAAAAUGAUAUUGAAACAAUACGGUUAGUUACAUAAAAAUUAUUAAAAUUAAUGAGCCAAACUAAUAUAAUGUUGGCAGCUUAAGCAUUAGAUUGUCUUUUUGAUGUUUACACAGAAGAAGAUUUCAAUGCACUUUUGGUAGAAAUGAAGAUCAUUGAUCUUUUAACAUAGGGAUAUCAAUAUUUAUAAUCACAGUUGCCUAAUGAAAAGAAAUGUUUAGGAAAAGAUGAUUGGAAAUUCCUUAAGUUAACAGUUACCAACUUAAAGUAGUUUAUUGAAUACAAAGUAAAUAUUUUAAAGUGAUUUUGAU